UGAUUUCGGGAAUUAAUGUUUUUUUUUUAAAUACAUCCUCAUUGUUGGUCUGUGGAUAUUCCUGAUAUUGUAAUCUUUGUUCCUGCGCUUCCUGUUUACUGUGUUUUUCAGAAAAAAUAAAUAAAUAAUGGCUGUUUUAAUAACCACAAAAUAUCCAUCCUAAUUCUGAAGAAAUCAAAAUACUGAGUGUAUAACCUGUAUAUUUUUAUAUAUAUAAAUAAAACUAAUAAUGGAUGAAGACAAAUUCGCACUAGUUGAGAAAGUCAUGAAAGACGUCGACAAUGUUAUGAUGAAAAACGCUGAGUUAUGCGCGUUUGACAUUGUUCCUGUUGAAGCAAAUUUUCAAAAUAAAUCUCCUGUCUUACAUUUGGAAAAUUGUCUUGGUUUAGAAUCUUGGUGUGUGAAGCAUGUUUAUAUGUAUUGCUAUUCGGAGCUUAUGGAUAAGUAUUUUGCAAAACCUAAGCGCAAAGCUCAAAAACCUUCCUCUGUCAAUGCCGAGAGAUUAACAAGGUUACUCAACAUUACACUCCUUAUCAAUCCAGAAUUGAAUAGUUUAUGGAACAAAAGGCGAGAGAUGGUAUUAAACUGUUUUCUACAAAAGUCAUCAGAAUUGCAAUUUUCUAAACUAGUGCUUUCUAGAAAACCCAAAUGUAAUGAUGCAUUUGCUUAUAGGAGAUGGCUUCUAAAAGAAAUUUUUAAAGAUUCAACACUGCAAAGCAAUCACAUAAAUAGUCUUGCUAAUGAUGAGAUUUAUGUCUGUGAUCUGGCAUCUGACAAGAGCGCCAACAACUAUCACAGUUGGAACCAUCGUAUAUGGAUUAUCAAUUUACUGAAGAAAUGUAAAAAUUUUGAUGUACAAUUCCUUUUCAUCAAAGAGUAUGAUUUUUCAGAGAGGUGGUUAGCUAAACAUGUUUCAGAUUAUAGUUGUUUUCAUUACAGACAAUUUUGUAUUGAAAACAUUUUUUUGGUUAGUGUAGAAAGAUGGAGUACUUUUGACAAUCAUAUAAAUGGUUAUAACCGGAGAAGUCUAAUAAAGACUUUAGGUAACAAUUUCCCUAAAGAUAUUACAGUCCAAGCUUCAGAAGCUGAUUUACUAACUUAUUCUGAUGAGAGUUUGGUUAAUUUAUUGCUUAGUUAUAGCAAUAAAAAAUGUAAUUGCACUGUUGACAAUGUUUUACUGUGCAGAAAAAUUGAGGUUUUAUUUCAUGAGUUGGAUUUGAACAGUGAGUUGCUUAGAUUUUAUAAAUAUCAUGAGGCUAUGUGGUAUCACCGGCGAUUUAUUGUGCACAAAUUAAUCAGUAUAAUGUAUGAUCAUUUUGGCAUAAAUAGACAGAAUGGCUCGCUUGUAAAAAGCAGUUGCGGCAAAUGUAAUUUGGAUGCUACGAGUGAAAGGAAUGCUAAAAUAGUGAGAUAUGAUGGUAACAGAAUAUAUUCAUGUGUACUUUUCAAUGUUUUGAUGAAUUAUGAGAAAGUUUUUAUUGAUGAAAGACGUAUUGAUGGUGACAAUUAUGCAGAUAGACAUGAAAAAUAUUUAAGAUUUAUCGAAGGUCUUAAUAAUGUAAUGUGAAUUCCAAAAUGUAGAUUUUUACUAGAUUAAUCUGGUGAAAUUUAUAAGGAAAUAAUAAAAUAUAUAUAUAAAUCAUCACAAAUAGAAAUUUUAUAGUCAUGCAUAGUGAUAACAUCACUGAUGUUUAGCGUGGUUCGAUUAAUUUACACUAUUGCUAAUUUUUUUAUAGUUGUCAAUCAAUUGCCGUUUACUUUUGCGUUUUUUAUUCUGAACUUUAGUAAUUGCAAUAUACAAUUUCUUGCUAAUAUCAAUUUGACGCACUAUAUUAUUUAAUAACAUUAAGAAUUUGAAAAAUCAGUCGUUCAUUAUACAUAAAAAUAUUAUGAUAAAGUAAUUGUGAUAAGUAAUGGUAUUAUUUAUCACUUACACGUUUUAAUCGAUAAUAUAAUGACUGUCUGUAACAGAAAAGUUAAGAGUUUAAGCAGCUUUCUGUUGUUUCAAAAAAGGUUAAAUGUUACAACUUGCUGACAAUGCUGAAUCAUAUAUUAAUUUUGAUGUCUUUUUUUUAUCAAA